AUGCUUGCAGCUUUCGCCGCUACGCUCUCGUUCGUGCAGCCGUCCAUCUCGUCGGCGGCCGCGCGGCACACCUGCUGUCGCGGCGGCUGUGUGCGCUCAAUCGAGUGGCCGCCCGCUGGGAUCGUAAUCACCGUGUUGAGUGGCGUUGCAAUCUUUGCCCGGCCGGAGUCGCCGCUUUGGGAUCUGAUACAGCCCGAGGCCGCCGUUGUGCGCGUGCCGGCAAUUUCGUCGGGACGACGGCUGGGAGCUCCGCCUCUCCAUCGGCCGCGACAUGGCUCGCGGGAUGGCCGGUUCGGUGAGUACCCGCAGGGCACUGCUGCGCUGCGACGGCCGAGCAAAUUCUUUGCUUCCACCGGCCUCUGGAGCGCGGUGAACGAGGCCGGGGAUGAGCGGCACUCACUCGAGAUGAGGCUCGAGUGCUCCGGGCUCGGCCGCGACGGCGAGGAGUGGAUCCCGCCCGGGCCCCUCUUCCUGACCGCCUCUCUCGAGGCGGAUGAGCGAGCGACGCGGCUCGCGGCGCCUAGAUGCGGAAUGGCCCGUGUCCCGACUACACUGCACGGCACUUGUUCUUCCCUCCCUCAGUCCACUGAGUGCUCAUACACCAGGCUCGCGGCGCUCGGCGGCGGUGGAGAGGCGACGGUGAUCAGAUUUGACGAGGGGCGGGUGACGGCAAAGGUGUAUGGCGCGCUCGGCCGGUGGACGGGCCUGUCGGAGCUCAGGGUUGUCGGCUCUCUCGAGGCGAGGCCGCUUCAGCCUUCCCAGACAUGAUCUGUCGGCGGGUGACGAGAGAAUGUGCAGCGCGGCGCCGGCGGCGACGCACGAGCGUCGAGCGACGAGCGUGACCAUUCGACAAUCAUGCUAUAGUAUACUGAAUACUGCACAAUAUCACAAACACACGCGCGCACACAUUUUUAAUGAGGCGGCGCAACA